AUGGCAGGCGAGCAGCCGCUGUCGGCGCGGUCGUCUGACGGCCCUGCCAGCAUGCAGCAAAAAAUGAUGCGCCAGCGUGAGCUGGUGCUGAAGAGGCAGACAGAAGCAGCAAAAUCCUUUGGGGUGGUCGCCCAGCAGCAUCCUCCACCACGGCCAGCUGACACACCACGCCAGGUGCUCAGUGCGAGGGCCCCGCCGGAUGCACCACGGGUCGGCAUCGUCGGAUCCGCAGAAGUGCAGGAGGCCGUGGAGGCUGUCGUGGAGCAUGACCAGAUCCCACAGGCCCAACCACUGGAACAUUCAUUGGCUUCAUUGGAAGAAGAGCUUCUCGCCAGUGGCAAGGCCAUUGAGCUCGACGAGGCUGAAGACCGCGGUCGGGACCACUUAGGACACGGCUGGGAUCUGGAGGUGGACAGAGGCGACGAGAAGCAGACCCGCGCCAAGAGGAGCUUCUGGCGACCUUGGAAAGCAGAGCAGAGUGAUGCUGUGGCGAACUGUCCUGUUGACGAGGUGUCGCGCGUGGAUCUAGAUGCCUUGAGUGGAGACUCUCCCGAGCCUGGACGAGACCGGAAGCACGUAGGCUUCGGAGAGAUGGAGGACGGAACCUCGAAGUCUGGGGCCACAUCUGCUUUGAAUAUGGGGCGAGUUGCCACCCCAUGGACGGGUUCAUCCAAGGCGGGCUUAGAUUCUCUGCUCCCUGGAGAACUCCAGCAGGACAUGACAUUGAGCUCAUCGGCCCUUGAAAUUGUGGAAGAGGGUGUGGCUUGA